AUGGAUAACACUGACGGUCUUGUCGACUUAUGUGAACAGACGGGCCUCAUUAUCGCUUCCGUGUUUGAGAGGAAUCAUCGACGCCAUCAGGCCACACGGCAGGCGUCAAGCCUUUCAACGCCUGAAGAACAGGCGUUGAAGGGGUUGACGGGGUUCAAGCAAAAUAUGAAGUCUCUCAAACUUCAGCUCGACUACGUUCUGACGAGGAACUUUCCUCGGUCGGAUAUCCGAAAAUCCAGAGCUGUUUAG